AGCGAAGAGAGAGAUCCCGAGGCCGCUCCCCGCCCCAUCGCCGCCACGGCUGGACUCGCCUCGAGGUGCCGGCCAGAGCACGCUGCACCGGGAGAGGUCCAGGGCGCAGCGGCGUCCGUGUCUCGCUGUCUCCCGCGGCGGGGACUCCCGCGCGAGGAUCCACCUGAACGCGGGGGAGUUCUGCGCCAUCCGCAUGGACUACCUGGAGCAGCAGGGCACCGCCCGGGCGCGGCUCAUGUGGCGGGCCCCGAACGGGCCGAAGGAGGUCAUCCCCGCGGACAGCCUGUUCUACGGCGCCGCUCUCGCCGACGCGCCCUUCACGGUGGAGGUGCAGUCCGGCCCUGCUUCCGCAGGCAACAGCCGGAUGCUGAACCCGCCUCUGGGCUCGAUCGCCAGCGGCGCGCAGCAGCGCAUCUGGAUCGAGGCGCUGGACCUCGCCGACAACACCGUGAGCAGCACGGGCUUCGACUUCGAGCUCACCUUCACCCUGCUGGGCAACAGUACCCAGAACGCGAGUGUCUUCUGCAACGACAUGCCCGUUGGCAGCGCCCGCCUGCUGUCCGCGGCGAACGCGACCGCCCAGAACGGGUCCGCCGCGAAUGCGACCUCUGGGAACGAGGGCUCUGGAACCGAGAUCUCUGGGAACGGGUCCUCUGUGAACGAGUCUUCUGAGAGCGAGGCCCACGGAAACGAGACCUCCGCGGACAGCAUCCCUUGCUCGACGUCCCUGUGGUUGGGACGGUUCCCUUCGGUGCCUCUCAUGGCGCAGCGCACGGAGGGGGACGUCCAGGACCACGUGCACUACGUCGACUUCGUGCUGCAGUUCCCGGGCGAGUACCUCCUCGAGGCGCGGCUCCUGAGCGAAAACGACACGUCGGGCGGCGGGGAGCUCCUGUGGCAGACGCCUCUCGCGGUGAAGGCGGUGGCGGCGCUGGUGCAGCCGCAGCGGUGCCUCGUCAGCGGCCCGGGGGCGGAGGCGUUCGUCGCCGGGGCGACCUCGGUGUCGGUGCGCCAUAAUGCGCUCGAGAAGGCCGCUGGCACCAAGUCGGGCGGUGGCCAGGCCAUGCAGGCGGAGGAGGUUGUGGCGGCCUGCCUGGCUCAGCUCGCUGACAAGGGCGCGUUCAUCCGUGACCAGGACCGCGCCAAGCUGGCCCCGCCGCCGCAGCCACCCAAGCAGGUCAAGCCCAAGACCUACUCGCAGGUACUGCGGUCCUGCGCCUGGGAGCUGGAGAAGCUGGACAAUCAGGCGGCCGCGAAGGCGGCGGCACACCAGGGGGCCGUCGAGCAGCUGGAGCAGGCGAAAAUGGCCGUGGAGCAGGCGGCCGCGGCGCUCACGGCGGCUCGCCAACGCCAGGCCGAAGGCCGCGAUGCUCUCGAGCAGGCCAAGCGGAUGGAGCAGGCCGGCCUGCUGCCUGGUUACACACCGGCCCGCGGCGUUGAGCUGGCCAAUGCGAUCGCGGGCCUGGAGGCUUCGGCAGCCGUCACCGCUGAUGGGCCCGAGGCCGCCAGCCUCGAGGCUUCGCGCGCAGUCCUGCAACGGAAGGUUGACGCCAUCCGAGCCGAUAUCGCCGAGGCUGAGUGCGCGGCGGCGCCCAGCGAAGACGCGCCCAUGGGCGAAUUCUACAGCGAGGUCGUGCCAGGCUUUUUCCAGUUCAUUGUGCUGUUCUCCCUGGCGUACGGCGCCGGCGCAAUCCACCUCAUCAGCAGGACCACUAAGGGCGAGCGAUUGGUGGAGGCAUGGGUCAUUCGCUUCGCCCGCGAGUGCGGCCUGGCCCAGAUGAGCACCCCGAGCUCUCAAUGGGAUAUCUCGACCCAUGUGCACGCGUGCGCAGAAACAUGGGGCCACCGGGGAAAAGGCCCCAUUGCCAAAGAGUUGGGUCUGACGCACUUCGUGGACAACACGGCGGACUGCAUCUGGAGCGUGCUCUACGAUUCGGCUGGCAACGCGAGCGCCACCAUGCAGGCUGCCGUCCACUUCACGGGGCUCAAUCCCGUCGGGAACGUCUCCCAAUUCUCUCCGUGCUGCUCCGUGCAAUCUUGGCGAGAGCUUGCCGUUAUGCUGGAGUUGCCCUACGUUGACAAGGCAUGGGACAUGCUGGGCCCCAUGGGGCCGCCCAAGAUGCGCAGCAUCAACAUGCUGCCAGAUCUACUGAGCCAUCUCAAGCACCACAUCGUCCAGGAGUUCGGCCACAUCACGUACCACGGGGCUGUUUCGGCCUUUGCCGUCUACCUCGUACCUGCGCUGCUGGCUGUUUCGGCCAUGGGCAAGCGCCCGCCGCCUAAGUCUUCUCCGGGCUCCUCCGUGAAGGCUCCCAGACGCCAAUUGAAGGCAAAGACCCCCGAUGCGCAGGUUGAUGCCGCGCAGAAGAGCGCGGAUCAGAAGCUCCAGGAUGACAACAUGUGCGUUAAGGUCUUGGCCCAGGUCCACGACGCCUUGGAGACGAUCAACAAAGACGCCAUCUUCGCGGGCGUGAUGGACAUGGAGCCCCUCAGGAUCGGUGACGGCGGCAUGCAAGCGCCGUUCAGCCAGGAAGAGUUCAACAACGUCCUCAGCACCCCUCCAGAGACCAACUCCACUGAUCACUUCUACCUCUGUGGCGGAAAUUUUCUAUGGCAAAGUUUUACUUGGUUGGUGAACCACAGAGUUCCAAUAAACCAUGGACAAAUUGCCGAACUCCAGCGCUUCAGUUACAAGCACGACGACCCACCCAACAGGCUGGAGUUCAAUGUCGUGGUGUGCGUGGACUCAGCAAACACAGACGUCCUGAGCCACAAGGGCGCGAUGAUGCGACUUUCAUCGCCCGAACCUGUCUUCGCUGUCUUGUUCUCCAUUGCCAAGGCGAUCCAGGAGGGCGUGGACGAAAAGAUCCGCAUGCGCUGGCGGAAGGUCUUACUCACGGCCCCCUUCCAAUUUGAGGUCGUUCCUGAAGGGGAGGAAAGGUUCUGGCGCUCACAGAACCUGAGGCAACGCCUCAUCGAGGCGGGGGUGGUGUCCCACAUGUCAUGCAGGCAGUGGGUGUACGACAUCAUGGGGUUCAAGGCCGCCAAGGAAAGGGAGCUGCAGAAGUCCAUUAGCUCGCUGGUGCUUGCAAAAAUGUACAACGCGAAGAUCACGUUCGCCGGCGGCGCUAACAAGAUCACCAUCAGCGACAGCUUCAUUGACAGCGCUGCGACGGUGUUCGAGCGUGUCUUGUCCCAGGAGACGGCCAGGCACUGGCUGGAGUGGGCAGAGGAAAAAAUGCUCGGCGAAUACCCCUUCAAGACGAUCGCUGCGCUCCAAGCUCUCGUGGAUCGGGCUCGGAGCCCAGUGCAUAUCUCGUGGGCGGUCUGGGGCAUCACAGAUCUGUGGAGGAUGGAGCUCAUCACACUCGGGGAUUUGUCAGGCAAGAAGAUGAAGGACUACCGAACGUCCUACAUUGAGGUUCUGAACCUCAAGUUCGACAUGAAGCAGUAUUGCCUUUACACGUGGCUUCCCACCCUGGGCCUGAAGGUCGAGCAGGUCCAUAAAUUGCAGGAGGUGUUUGAGGACUUCGGGAGCGUGCGGGCCAAGAUGUCUGCCUACCCUGGAGAAGUUGCGGACACCACGUGGCUUGUGGUUUGGCGGUCCGAGGGCCUGAACAAAAUUGCCGACAUCCUGGAGGACUUCAUCUGCACCGUGAACUGGGACAUGCGCUACAAAGAUGCAGUUCGGUCGAAACAUAAGAUUAACGAGUUCCUUGAGUACGACUCUGUCCAAGAGAAGCUCAACGAGAUCAAAGUGGAGCUGGCAAAGGAGAUGAGCGUCGCCAUCGACUGCGCCCAGGGCAGCGCCGGGGGGGGCACGGCUGCUUCGGCCACCGCCACAGAGACCGCAACACCAGAGGCGGCUCCUUCAGGCUUCGAGAGCUUGCCCGAGUCCGAGCAAGAGCAGUGGGUCAAGUACGCGAACAAGCUGUUAAGCACGUACGUCGAACUGAUCCCUGAACCUAAGACGGGCGCCGAGCUGGAGAACGCCCUCAAGGACUCCAAGCUGCGCGAGAUUCGGGGCGACCCGGUGGGCCUCGUCCUGUACUACUUCGACGUCAAGGGGCACGGUGAAAGCGAGCAUAGGCCCGAGCUUCGCAUUCCGUCGCUGCGGGAGCCUAUCUACACGAAGAUCGUCCGCGCCGUGCUCAAGGCCCGUGCGCCGCCAGGCGGACUGGGGCACAUUCGAAACGGCGAGGUUGCGAUCAUCAUGGAUGGCGGUCGGAAAGGUAACAGCAACAAGCUCAUAGCACCAUGGAAGGAGAAUACGUCCAAGGAGCAGCAGAAGAAGAAGAAGGAGGACGACGACGAGGACGAAGACGAAGAAGAGGAUGACCAGGAUGACGAGAAGGGGAGCGUCACCAGUUCCAUCUUGCAGCUCGUGUACACAGAGGAGAGCCUCAAGGAACGGCGCCUUCGCAACAAGAGCUCGACAGGCUCCGUCCGCCAAACGGAGUGGGCGCACAUGGUUUCGUCAAGCAAGAUCUGCCUCCCUGAGCGUGCUCGCAAACACUUCCCAGGGACGACGGCGGGCGACACCAUCGUCGGGAUCACCAAGCCUGACUACAGCAGGGAGUGGCAGAUCUCAUGGAAAGUCAAGAAGGAGCUGCUGGGCAAGCGCAACAUCAUUCGCGUGGGUGGCAAGGCCAAGGGGGCCGACGACGGGGAGGGCACUGACAAGGCAGCGGAGCGUCGCACGGACGCGACCAUGGGCCCCUGCACGCUCCAUGGAAUGCCGAAUACUUGGUACUCAGAACUGAUCCAUACAUUCUUUGCCAAACUCGUCAUCGAUAUGACCCCAAUGGAUGGGAAGUUUGCCUACCAGUGCCUGAUCAACAGGUUGGGCUACGUGGGCAUUGCCUUCAACGAGUUCCAUGCCGAUGAGCUUUUGAAGAAGCUGAGGGCCGAGCUCAUGGACGACAUGAAGAACCCCGAGAGCAAGAUGUACGUCCCCGCCUACGCGAAGGCCAUGGGGUGUGAGGCCGCGGCCAAGCCACCACCGCCGACGGAUACGAAGGCCAAGAAGCGAGCCAAGGGAAAGCCGAAAGCGAAGCCGGCUGUGAAGCCGCUGGAGGAGGAGGAGCCGGGGGAGCCGGACGGGGAAGAUGUGCCGUCGGAAGAACUUCCAAAUGAUGACGAGGACGGUGAAGUGUGGGACCCAGACGCGUGA